AUGUUCGGCACAGUGUCAAUAUUCCCGCCAGAGCUUUGGUUGAUGAUCAUAGAGUAUCUUCGCUGUGACGAAAACCCACAACAUCUCAGCAGGCUUUCACAGACGUGCCAAUGGCUUCAUCGGGAAGUCAACCGUGUUAUGUACCGGUCUGUCCGACUGAAAGGGCUAGAGAACGCUCGAAGUUUUGCCGACACUGUGUCCACUUGCCCAGAAUUGGCAGCACUAGUCAUAGAAGUGCGACACGCCGAUGAUAUGGGCUUUGAGGACUUUGCUCACCACUCUGAGCCAUUCUAUAAGGCGCUUCCCAAAUUGGAAAACCUACAAAAUCUAGCCAUGAGGAAGGAUUUUCGACCAAGUGAUCGAUACACGCCACAAGGGGCAAUAAACCAAGUGCUUAGCGCAAUUUACCUCGCACGCGAUGACGACAACUUGCGAAUAUCCACUUUGUUAGAUAUCAUGGAGAAGCUGAAAUCCCAAGGAUAUCCUCUUGGCUCAGAAGAUGACCCAUUCGGCCUUGGGUUCAAUCCCCUUUCGAGGGACUUUAAUUUGAAGGAUGUUGCCAAUGAUCUGGUAGUAUGUACAUAUUUUGCACGGGACAAUCUCACACACUUGACUCCUGCAUUAAGAACAUGUCAUAUAGGUACGGAUUCACACCUUCCCGAUUUGGAACAACAUCAGCCUUCGAUCGACUUCAACGAAUCCAUCUUCACACUCCCUCAGUUGGAAAAGCUCUGUAUCACUGGUGCUAUCUUUUAUGAAGCUAUAUUUUCCGAGGAGCAUGCUGUUGGUUGCGCCGCCAGCCUGAAAGAGUUACUCAUUCUCAACUGUCGCAUCUCCGCUGCAUCUCUCGAGUACAUUAUUCAAUUUCCGCGCGCAUUGGAAAGACUGACCCUCAGAGGUCCAAUCACACUAGAAUCCCCAUAUCAGGAAGAUGACUAUGGCCUUUUUACAGACCAACUGAGAGACCGGCAUACCUGGUCAUUGAAGUACUUAGAUUUGGACUUUUACGGGGGAUCACAGCUAGGCCCUGCUCUCGAAUACUUCGAUGUCUUGGAGGAAGUCAUAGUCACGCCUGGUUCAUUGGGUAGUGUUCACGAAGGAGAGAUUAUCCUACCGGACUGUCUCGAAAGACUUACAUUACGAUAUGAGGAAGGGAAAGCUCUACGGCUCCCGGCUCUGGUCCAUGAGUUAGAAACAGACACCAUUUCUAAUCUAUGCACUGUUGUAUGCCAAAUCCCCGAAAACCUUUGUGAAAGCACCACCUCAAAACUACGCCUGGAAGUGGAGUCUUUCAAAUCGAGGUUCAAAGACUUCAAAGUGGACCUUUCCUGGGAACUGGUUCCAUAUCCCACCACCAUGCCGAAAUAUGAUAUCUGCCCUUGCGAAAACUUGCAAUAUUACCAUCAAUCGUCUUGCCACCCGCUUGUUGAGCCCCUUUCAUCACAAGAUAUCUAG